AUAGGCCGUAACAACUGUUUUUACUUUACAUAACUAAAUGUAGAUGGUGGGCUUUAAUGUGAAACUCAGAAACACAUUACUUGGAAACUUAUUGGUUUCCCAUGUGAAAUCAACAUAACAACGCUUCCUGACAUUUUAUACUGAUCCAGCUGAGUUUAUACUUCCCAGGGACUUGUGAAUACAGAGUAAUUGCCACCCACUUGAACUUUAACUUCACGACUUCCUUUUCACGUGAGAAGCGGAACAAUAUUUACCAUAUUGACRUUCGCAAAUUCAGUUACUGUAAACUUAGGGCAAGUGAGUACUUAAUGUUCCUUACUUCCAUUUUCCUUCUCAGUUACAGCAGAUCUGCUUUUUAUAUUAAGCCUGGUUUAAAUAGCAGCUCUAUGGGAUAGAACGGGGUUUCCAUCAUGCUGGUCGCCAUAAGAAAAAGAAGUUGGGAAGAGCAUGUGACUCACCCAUCAGGUUUAAAGUAUAGUUAUGAUGAUCUGGAUCUGGUCUGCUGUCAUGGAGUUGACAGKGAUGGGGUUUGGAUUGGCUCAGGGGCUUUGAAACAAGGCAGACGGACCCGGUGYGCCUCAAUGCCAGAGGGGUGCCCACUGUCUAAAGAAGAUGUAGGUCUGGUACCUUUUGAUGCAGCUUCUCUUGUUGAUGAUGUCAUUGAAUCAGAACAUCUGAUGCUAAAUAAAAACAAUGGAAAACUGUCAUUGGAUUUGCRGGAUUCUAGUUAUGGCCCUGAGCAUCUUCCAACCAUUUCUGUAGUCCUAUGCUGUCAGCCAAACAGUAGGAUUUCUAGUGAUAAUAUUUCUUGUACAACAGAUCCCAAUGAUCAGGUUGAGAAGACUCUUCAUUAUGAAAAUGACAUUGACUCAGAGAUUAGCCAGGGUCCCAUCUGCGAUGACGAAGUUGUCUUUAAAAGUCCACAAAUCUCUGAUGAAGAGCGACAAUACAUCUCUAUCUCUUCAAACAAGGAGGCUUCAUUGUGUGAAUCUGCUGGUGAGCAGCCUGGCGACAUUCCAAACUAUCAGGAGACAAAGGAGAGCCACACAGAGAGUUACAGCAGAUCUCCUCGAAUCUCUGAGGCCGCACUGAACCAUUCCUCUGCAGUGGAACCUCCAACCCACUGCUCAGAUGUUGCUCAAGGAUUUAUUUUUAUCUUGGACCAAGCUGGUACAAAAGCACCUGUUUCUGUGCAGCAAGAUUUGGAAAACAAGAUGGAGCGUAACCAUGCAAAGCCACUUUCUGGCAUACCUAUGGAACCAGUAGUGACUGCUUUAUUAGAUGGAGAAAUACCUGGAUGCAUGAGCACUACAGGCCAGAGUUUUGCUUGCAAGCUGGAUGGACAGAAUGAUUUAGAAACUCUAACUGAAACUGCUGGAUGCAAUCAUUGCUCAAGAAAUGUUCAAGGAGAGCAGGAUUACUGUGCUGUGGUGUUGGAUCAGGGUAAUGAUUGUGAAAUAUUUAGCCAGACGUUGCUGGAGCAGUGUAAUGUUGAAAUGACAGCAGGGAACUGGCCUCAUGGAGAGGAAAGUGCACAAGGAGAGAGCAGUGAUGGGGAAACAUGUGUUGAGCAGGGGGCUGCUAACACGUUGGAUCCUGGAGUCAAAAAGCAGCGCAGCUCUUUGACAUCGAACCAAACUGUAUCACUCAAACCACUGAGUGCUGGACAUUCAGAAGAUCACUCUCAGACAAACACUAUCCAGUGUGCAGAUCAAAUGAAGACAUGUUUGAGUAAGUCAGCAGAAAAUAUUGAGCAGCUGAAAGAGCUGACUGUUUGUGAAGAUCCACCUUUAUGUUAUCCUACGGAAAAUAGUUGUUCAAAACUAGAGACCAUMCCAGAGAACAGCAUCGAUGAACCUGGAGACAACACUUUGCUGAAAUCACUAAAAUGUACCAAUGGUGUUAUGCAAUACCCAGUUCAYUCUAUCCAGAUGAAUGAUAAACAUGAAGCUACUGAGCUAUGCACAGAGAACCUGCUGCUGUACUCUGAAGAGGUCAAUGAGGGGCUCCAUGACAACCAAACCUCUGGUUACUUCAGUGAGUCACCUGCCUCAGAGGUGGCAGAUGGUCACAGGGAACACCACAGGACAGAGGCCAAAGUUUCUGCAAUGGAGGAGGUGUCAGAGACCAAAUCCUCGACUGCUUACAGCGACRCACAACUGUCCUGUUCGGGCUGCAGUGGAACCAGUGAGUCUGGAGUUCCAAAAGAAGAUGAUGUGGUCAAAGUGCGAACAAGAAAGCGUGAACAUGCUCGUUUGGACUCCAUGGUGCUGCUGCUGAUGAAGCUGGACCAACUGGACCAGGAAAUCGAGAAUGCGCUCAGUUCCUCUGUGCAAAACACCCCCAACCUCUAUCAUCUGGAGAACGCUCAAGGAUCUAUGCCARCAGCUUCACAGCCUCUCCCACAAGCACAUGUUACAGCUGUUUUUUCUUCAGUUUCUGCACCAUCCCUCGGAGCAAAGCCUAAAAGUGRGAGCACUUCUGCUGUCCCUGAGAAGAAAAAAGCAGAGAUUGAAGCCAAAGAAGCCUGUACUUGGCUCCGAGCUGCCGGGUUCCCACAGUACGCCCAGCUUUAUGAAGACGCCCAGUUCCCCAUUGACAUUUCUUCAGUCACCAGGGACCACGACUUCCUGGAUCGAGAUGCUAUUGAGGCUCUCUGCAGGAGACUGAACACUCUCAACAAGUGUGCUCUAAUGAGACUGGAGAUAUCACCACAAAGAAAAAGAAGCGAGGACUCAGAUGAGGAUGAGCCUUGUGCCAUCAGUGGCCGCUGGACCUUCCAGAGAGACAGCAAGCGCUGGUCCCGCAUGGAGGAACUGGAGGUUUUCUCURCAUUUUCUACAGAUGCUGCUCAGCCCGYGUUUGUCAAGGACCAAGCAUCCCAGAAAGUCAACCCCACCCUGCGCGAAUGCAACAGUUCUGAAAGCGUGCUGACAGACCUCAGUGAGCAGCCCGAGGUGAGUUCCAUCCAUAGCAGCGGGAGUGGAGGAAGAGGAGAGAAGAGCCACGGGGCCGCUUCGGUAAAUGAAGCUCUACCUGUCGGCGCCACACGUGCCAGCUCAGUGGCCAGCAUGUGCUCAUCCUCAGGCACUGGAGGGUCUGGAGGCCCCAAUGAAGACUCUCUUUCUGAUGGGUUGCCUCCRUCACCCCUGGAGACGCUCAGACACUUCACCUUUGACGUCAAAGCAGGGGUGGUAGGAGGAAGCUUGGACCGAGGGGGCAGCAGUGGCAAAAGUACACGCUCAAGAGCUAAAAGCUUCCUGAAGAGGAUGGAGAGUCUGCGGCUUCGCAGCAGCUCCUCGUCCAAGAGAAAGAAGAAGGGAAGCACCAGUGGAGGGAGACUAGAAAUCAGCGGCCCUGUUGCCAAACAGGGUCUGGACGAAGACAAACUGAGGAGGCUUAACUGUGUGGACAUCUCAAGCAUCAACUUCAGUCACCACCGCAAUCCCACUCAGACCAUGACCCUAAACCGGAACCGGUCCGUGUCUUACUCCACUCAGACCAGCAAUGGGAGCACUGGGAGCACUGGGAGCAGCCAGUCUGAAGCUAGUAGCGGAAGUGCCGUGAGCACGCCGAGCCCAGUGACCCGAGCUCGCAGCCACAGCACGGCAGCAGGUUCCAAUAAGAGAGGAGGAAUGUAUCUGGAGGGGUUUGACCCUUUCAGCAUUCUCCAGCAUGCAUCGGAUCAACAGCCUCCACCACCCAAAUCCGCCCCACCCGUCCCCUGCAAGGAUAGUAAGGGAAUGUCUGUGGAUGAGCAAAACCGCAGGAACAACUGUGGCAUUCGAGGCAAGAGYAGACAAGAAGAGGAGGAGGAAGAGGAUGAUGAGGAGGGAGGCAUGAUCUUCUUCUAUUUGCCCGAAGGCCACAAGCCUGGAACGUUCCCCAAAGCCUUGCAGGAUGGGAGUUUGCGACAACAUAAAGGCAACGACAACGGAAACUCAGUGACCCUCAGGGAGCGGCAAAGUAGACGCCAGCGCUGGGCCUCUUCGGGCUCCGUGGACAGCCGUCUCAGUUUUUACGACAACGUCCCCUUCACCGAGAGAGAGGAGGCKGAGGAGGAAGAGGGGGACGAGCACAAACUGGAGGAAGUGCUGCAGCACGUCAGCGGCUUCGUCAACGCCUGGUCAGAGGCUGUGGCUGGUGAGGAGGAGGAGGAAGAGGAGGAUGAAGAGGAAGAAGGGGACUCGGAUUCGGCGCUGGACUCUGCGUCCCCCUGCCCGUCCUCUCCUCUGCAAAACCGGCUGGAGGAGACCGAAAAYGGAAGUGACCAGGACAGCACAGGAAACCCGCUGGGCGAAGCAGAGGACGGGAUGAGGGAGAGGAGGGAUUCUGGUGUGGGAGCAUCGCUAACUCGAACCAGUAGACCCCAGAAGCUCCGCUGGCCGAGCUUCCAGAACUCCCAUCGGCCCAGCUUGGCCUCAGCUCAGCUCCAGAUCAGCUGCCAGUCGGUGCUGCAGAUGAAUCUGCUGCAGAAACUCUCCCUUCUGCAGCUCACCGCUCUGCUGGAGAAACACACCCCGAUAAACAAGCAUGGCUUCAGCUGGGCGGUGCCGAAGUUUAUGAAGCGGAUCAAAGUGCGCGACUACAAAGACAGGAACGUGUUCGGUGUGCCGCUUCAAGUCAUCGUCCAGCGGACGGGUCAGCCCCUCCCUCAGGGAAUUCAGCAAGCCAUGCGCUAUUUACGUAAUCACUGUCUCGACCAGGUGGGUCUGUUCAGGAAGUCUGGAGUUAAAUCUCGCAUCCAAGCCCUCCGUCAGAUGAAUGAGGCGAGCGGCGCUGACGGGGGAAGAGUCAACUACGAGGGCCAGUCAGCUUACGACGUCGCCGACAUGCUGAAGCAGUAUUUCAGAGAUUUACCAGAACCUCUGCUCACAAGCAAACUGUCUGAGACCUUCCUGCAGAUCUAUCAGUACAUGCCCAAAGAGCUGCGUCUCCAGGCGGCCCGCGCUGCCGUGCUGCUGCUGCCCGACGAGAACCGCGAGGCGCUGCGCACGCUGCUGUGUCUGCUCAGCGACGUGACGGCCAGCGUGGCCGAGAACCAGAUGACUCCCACCAACCUGGCCGUGUGCCUGGCCCCGUCGCUGUUUCACCUCAACACCCUGCGCCGCAAGGAGAGCUCCUCUCAAAGGGUGAUGAACCGGAAGCAGAUGCUGGGAAAGCCUGACCAACGGGAUCUGAACGAGAACCUGGCUGCCACUCACGGACUGACACACAUGAUCCAGGAGUGUAGGAAACUCUUCAGGAUUCCCGAGGAGAUGAAUCGCUGCAGGAACUCGUACGUGGAGCAGGCUCUGCUGCCACAAAGCUUAGAGGAGCUUGCAAGCGAAGAGGCGGACCGAGGGGGCUACAGGGCCUACCUGCAGGACAGCUUGGACACUCUCCUCAAAGAGGCCAAAGACAAGUUCAAAGGYUAUGACAGCUGCUCCACGCCUGAGCACGCCGAGCUGUCCUACAGGAAGGUGCACGAUGGCUUUCCCCUGCGGCUCUGGAAAGCGAAUGUCGAAAUUCCUGCAAGUCCCGAGGAGGUUCUGUCCCGGGUGCUGCAAGAGCAGGGGCAGUGGGACGAGGACCUGCUGGAAAGCCGAGUAGUGGAGACGCUCGACGAGCGGACAGAGAUCUACCAGUACGUCCGGAACACCAUGGCACCCCAUCCCACUCGAGACCACCUGAUCCUCAGAACAUGGGUAACAGAUCUGCCGAAGGGGGCGUGUGCACUCGUGUGUACAUCUGUGGAGCACGAGGGUGUGCCGGUGGCGGGUGUCCGCGUCAACGUCCUCACCUCACGCUACUUCAUCGAACCAUGUGGAGCCAGCAAAUCCAGACUCACGCACGUUUCCAGGAUUGACCUCAGGGGUCGAUUCCCAGAGUGGUACAACAAACUGUACGGACACUCAUGUGCUGCUGAAGUGGCACGAAUACGAGACUCGUUCACUGUUCCCCUGGACAAAUAAUAAAACGGCAUGCAAUUUGGACCAACAACAGUUACUUGGAUUGAAAUGGUUAUUUCCAGAAGACUGAAGAUGGAGUCAAAGCUUCUUUUUUUUAAGACAAAGCCUGAAGGUUGGAUUGAAGGACGCGUCUGCCUUGGGUCAAAACAGACUGACGUUUAAAACUGUCACAUUUGGACUCAAGAGAUUUAUCUUAACCUGGGGACAUUAUGUUGCUGAUACAGGAUUUAUGGUUCAGACUUUAUCUAAAGGGAUGAUACUGCUUCUGAGAAGCGAGGGAGAACCAAGGUAUGUGUGAGCUUUUGUGUGUGAGUGUAUGUGUGUGUUUGUUUAUAAAAAGCUGGUUAGCGUAUAUAUACCACGCUGGUUUACAGGCAGAGAAAUGUGUGUACAAAAAGUAUUCUGGUCUCAUGGUGUCUGGUAAUGUCUGCCUUCUGUUACCUCUGUCCCCUUUUCUGUUGCAGCAGAGCCCAGGAGGAACUGUAGAUGUUAAUAUAGCGAGCUGAUUGAUGAAUGUAUGGGUGAGGAAAGAUGCAGAUGUGCUGCAAAUACGCAGGCUGAGUGGAAACAAUAGAGACAGGAUGCGGUGAGUUGACAGGUGGGCCAAUAGUACACAGGGUUUUAGUGUUUCCAGGUAGAGAAAGAUGAGUGCUGGUGGCUGGCUCACCGAAAAGAAAGUACUGAUCAAAUAUGAGGCCUCAAUUACUGACAGAUAAAAGUCACUUCAGUCCCUAGAGAAGAAUUUAGUUGAGUCAGUYAUAGUGAGCUUUUUAUGAAAGUCGUUUUAGUUUGUAAAGUUAAAAAAAUAAGACGAAUUUUCAGCGUGCCGAAAUUCUUUAAGGAACAGGAGAAAAAGCUAAUUUGUCGGACCAAAUAAAGAAAACAGCUGAGAGCUUUCCAGUACUAAUCAAAGCACCAGUAGUUGUUUAGUUYAAAGCACAGCACCAUUCACUCAAUUCAUGUUUUUAUAAAUUGUUGUUGGCUGUAAAACACUUAUGUACUUCAAAAAAAAUAAAAACAUUUUCACACACAUGAGAACAGAGGACAUAAUGCACUGUUCAAAAACUCACAACAGAAACCUCAAACUAUAAGAAAAGAUUAGUUGAAAAUGGACAAAAACCAACARUUUUUUUAAAGGGUCAGAUUUUACAGGUUUUACUGUAAAGAAGAGGGUGGAUUGAAUGUUUCUUUUACAGGAAGGGUGUUAAGUUUCACGUAAGCUUCUUUUUCUGCAGUGUUUCAAAAAAGUGAAAUUUGGACCGUCAUAACCUUUUUUUGUUGUUCAUAACAAUCUUCAACAUGCUUCAGUCUGAGGCUGUACAUUGUUCUUGUUGAGUGUGUAAUUAAUUCACUAAGCCAUUUGUUCAUAUCAGAAAAGUUUGUCUUUGCCAAAUAAUAACGCAUGAACAUAACCGGUAAUUUAAAACAAAUAUAUUUAUACCUCAAAUAUGUGUUUGUUUCGUAUCAUUUAUUUUAUUUUAUUGUACAUGUUAUGCUUUGUGUUACCGAAAUGAAAACAUGUUUUAUCUUUUUUAUUAUUAAUAUUAUUUCUGUACAGGUUAAUCAAAGUGCACUAUUAAAUGGAAUUAAAAUAA